AUGGUGGCUCUUCGGUCUGCUCUGCUUCUCCUCGCUCUGGCCGCUGAGGGUCUGGCUGUUUCCUCAAAUGUGAUCUGCCAAAGCAAGCUUGGAACUCAGAGUAUCCCUGCAAGCAGAAUCCCUCGGACCACCACAACCGUUCAUAAUAAAGUAACAGUCCAGAAGAAGGUCAUCCGCAAGGUCAACGUCGUGGUUGUGCCCAGGGCCAAGACAACUACUUCCACCACUGUCAAGACUAUUACGGAAACAACACAGGCUGAUCCUGGUGUCGAGACUGCUAUUGUAACAAAGACUGAUACGACAACCAAGAAUGAAGUUCGACUACAUACUACCACCUCAACUUCAAUAUCGUCCAGCACCACCACAAAGUAUACUACUAGUACUGUCCAAGCCUCGCAAGGUUUCGUCGUCGCUAAAGGCCCUGACUGGCGACCAAAAAUCAAAGCUAGAAACUCGCAUGCAGAGAGAGCCUCAUCAGACAUUUCCCUGCCCGGUCUUGGAUCUAACCCUCAGUAUGUCCAACGCAUAGACUGUGUCAAGAAUGUCCCCACCACCACAGUCAAGGUUACCACUGUCACAGUUCAGGGAUCCCGCGUCACUGUCAACCCAAAGACGAACACCAAGGUUGUGACAUCAAUCGAGACUACGGUUGAGACCCAGUACCCUCCCAAGGUGACUGAAACAUCACUUACAACUACGGUCUCUACUGUUACCGAGUAUGACGAUCGCACUGAGACAGCUACUAAAACUGAGAUCGUGAUGGUCGAGAGCGUCAUUCCAGCCGACUCUUAUUAUGAGGCCUGUGGUGAUAGCAACAUGCUGAUGACUGCCAAUGGCGGCUAUAACAUCGUAUCAGCAACCCGGAACAUGAACACCGUCGGUACUCCGACGAGUGGUCCUAAAAGUGCUUAUGACUGCUGUGUUUUGUGUCAAAAGAAAUCCGAUUGUCUACUCACUAUAUGGCGGUUGGAUUCUUCGAGCUGCUUGAUCUACACUCCUUCAGGCACAGGAUUUACGUGCAGCAACACUCAGGUGUUAACCUUAACAUACUUUACUAAAGCUGACGCUCCAAGUUCUUAUGUCUACAGUAAUGGUCCCUGCGGCAAGGUUGGCAAUGGAGGAAACCGAACCUAG